GAGAAGCCGCGAUAAAGAGCAGUACAUCGCAGGAGCCGCAGAGACACAGAGCCUGCCUCACAGCUGUCACAUUGCGUCAGCGCGUACACCAGCUGAGCUAUGGCUGCCCACAUUGCACAACGCCUGACCGUGCAAGAGCAGGAGAUCCGCCGGCUGAAUGAGGAGAUCGGACGCCUGUUGGAGCUGGGGCUGCAGGGCAGCGUGGAGCAUAGUCCCAACCCCGUACUGGAACAGCUCCGGGCAGAGAACGAGAAGCUCAAAUACCGCAUCUCGCACCUACAGCGGAGCCUGAGGGAGGAGCAGGAGAGGGCUAGGCCCGGGCAGUACGGGGAGCCGGGACUGAAGGACGCGGCGCCGGUAGAGGAACCAAAGCAGCAGAACAAUAAAGCGAAAGAGAAGGGUCAGGCCACUAAAGGGGAGAAUUCGGUGGGAGGAAAACCGUCUGCUUGUGAAGGAAAUAAAAAAAAUGAGAAGAAAGCUGGAAAAGAAGUUGAUGGGCAUAAGCAAGAGGGUCCUUGUGCUCCAGGGUUUAUCAAGGACAGGCUAGCACUCUAUGAAACCUUGAAAAACGAACACGAUGCUUUGCUUGCUGCUCGGGCUGCACAUCAGAGUAAACCUAUUAAGAUCACAUUAGCCGAUGGGAAGCAGGUUGAUGGAGAAUCUUGGAAAACAACACCAUAUCAAGUGGCUAUUGGGAUCAGUAAAGGACUGGCUGACAAUGUUGUCAUUGCCAAAGUGAACAAUGAGCUAUGGGACCUGGAUCGUCCGUUGGAGCAAGAUUCCAAUGUGGAACUGCUCAAAUUUGAUAGUGAAGAAGCACAAGCUGUUUACUGGCAUUCAAGUGCUCACAUCCUUGGAGAGACAAUGGAGAAUUUUUACGGAGGCUGCCUGUGUUAUGGCCCACCCAUUGAAAAUGGAUUCUAUUAUGACAUGUACUUAGAUGGAAGAGGGGUGUCCAGUAAUGAAUUCCCUUCUUUGGAGAACAUGUGUAAAGCUAUUAUAAAGGAGAAACAGCCCUUCGAAAGGCUGGAAGUCAGCAAAGACCUGUUGUUAGAAAUGUUUAAGUACAACAAAUUCAAAUGUCGAAUCUUAAAUGAGAAGGUUGACACACCAACUACAACAGUAUACAGGUGUGGCCCACUUAUCGAUCUGUGUAGAGGACCACAUGUGAGACACACAGGGAAAAUAAAGACCUUAAAAAUAUACAAGAAUUCUUCAACAUACUGGGAGGGGAGGGCAGAUAUGGAGACACUGCAGAGGAUCUAUGGAAUAUCCUUCCCUGAUUCAAAGUUGAUGAAAGAAUGGGAACAGUUCCAGGAAGAAGCUAAAAACAGAGAUCACAGGAAGAUCGGAAGGGAUCAAGAACUUUUUUUUUUCCAUGAUCUAAGUCCAGGGAGCUGUUUUUUUCUACCACGAGGUGCCCAUAUUUAUAACACACUGACUGACUUCAUUAAGGGGGAAUACCAAAUCCGGAAUUUUACAGAAGUAGCAUCUCCUAAUAUUUACAAUAGCAAACUGUGGGAAAUGUCUGGCCACUGGCAGCACUACAGUGAGAACAUGUUCUCUUUUGAGGUUGAAAAGGAAACCUUUGCUCUAAAGCCUAUGAACUGUCCUGGACAUUGUUUAAUGUUUGGUCAUCGGCCACGGUCCUGGAGAGAGUUGCCCUUACGCUUUGCAGAUUUUGGGGUCCUUCAUCGCAAUGAACUUUCGGGAACAUUAAGUGGCUUGACCAGAGUCAGGCGCUUUCAGCAGGAUGAUGCUCAUAUAUUUUGCACUAUGGAUCAGAUACAGGAGGAGAUGAAUGGGUGUCUGCAGUUCCUUCAGUCUGUAUACAAGGUGUUUGGAUUCACCUUUCAGCUUCACCUUUCAACCAGACCAGAGAAUUACUUGGGAGAAAUAGAAAUCUGGAAUGAAGCAGAAAAGCAACUUGAAAGUAGUUUGAAUCAGUUUGGAGAACCAUGGAAGCUGAACCCAGGAGAUGGAGCUUUUUAUGGUCCUAAGAUUGAUAUAAAAAUUAAAGAUGCCAUUGGGCGGUACCAUCAGUGUGCAACCAUUCAGCUAGAUUUCCAACUGCCGAUUCGUUUUAACUUGACAUAUGUCAGCAAGGAUGGGGAUGACAAGAAAAGACCUGUUAUCAUUCACAGAGCAAUCCUGGGCUCUGUAGAGAGAAUGAUUGCCAUCCUCUGUGAAAACUAUGGAGGGAAGUGGCCAUUUUGGCUUUCACCACGUCAGGUGAUGGUUAUUCCUGUAGGACCAAGCUGUGAUGAGUAUGCACAACAGGUAUGCAAGGAUGUCUUUGAAGCUGGUUUUAUGGCUGAAGUGGACCUGGAUCAUAGCUGUACACUGAAUAAGAAAAUCCGAAAUGCACAACUGGCUCAGUGCAAUUUUAUAUUAGUGGUUGGAGAAAAAGAAAAGACAGACAGCGCGGUCAAUGUGAGAACAAGAGAUAACAAGGUGCAUGGAGAGAUUUUGCUGACAUCAGCAAUAGAAAAACUGAAAACCCUUAAGAAGCUGCGCAGUAAAAAUGCAGAAGAGGAGUUCUGAAUAUUCUGCUGAUUGCUCACUAUUAUAAGCAUAAAUUUCCAAUAAAUACAUUUUGGGAGAUUAA